AUGUCUGCUUCAAGGCACCCAUCAGUCCAGGAGGAUGAGGAAGCUCGGCGGCAGGCAAACAGAGAUAUGGAUUGGAGUCCAGAACCGGCGAACAGCGAUGGCAGACCACAGCUGGGACUCUUCGAACUUCUAGACAUAGACGAUCGACCUACACUCGUCUUCGACCUCACGAAGUCGGCGAAAGCGACUCCGAUAUACAACAACCCGGGCUUGGAGAAGAUACCGCUUUUAGGCUUGAAAGUAGGAGAUGAGAUGCUAGCCACUGCAGCAUCCUCGAGAGAUGCUGAGUAUACGGUAUUCCUGAGAUGGGCGACAUCUACAAAGGAGGGCGGGUCUCCGCACAUGAGCUAUUGUGGGCUGUGGUGGACAACGCAUACUCUGAGGGGCCGAUGGCGAGUUGUGACAGGCGCAGAAGGGGACGAAUAUGAAUACAUCAGUGCAAAAAGACGGCAAUCUGAAGCGCCAAAGCUCGGAAGGACACAUACAACAGCUAGUAUACGACCUUCACACUCCCCUACACAGUCACGAACGAGACUUUUGUCAGACGACUCCCUGGAAGCCCAGAUUGCUGCUUUUCGACUUCGUGAAGGCCAGAAACCACCAAAUAGCGGGACGGCCAAGCUGACGAUACCCGAAAGUAUUCAAAAGUCCGAGACGCUCGACCGCCUGGAUUUCAUCAGAGCCUACCCGGAGAAAAUCCCCUCCGCUCACCAUGAGUUUUUCAUGGAAUUUGACUGGGCAUCCACUGAGCUAGGCUCAAUCAGUUCGUGGGGUGCCACACUCAGGCGUCGAGUCAACUUCCUCAUGAGUGAUCCACGGCCGGCAGCUAUGUUUUGGGGACGGCAAAGAACAAUGAUGUAUAAUGAGCCAUACAUGCAUGUCACUGGCCAGAAGCAUCCAGGGAUGAUGGGCAAGAUAUUCUCAGAAGCAUGGGGAGAGAUUGAAGGUGAUUUCAUUCCGGCUUUCGAAAAAGCAUAUACGACUGGAGCUUCUACUGUGCUUGAUGACGCUCGCUUCUACAUCGAGCGGCAUGGGUAUCUUGAGGAGACAUACUUUUCGAUAGCCAUGAUUCCAUUUCUUGGAGACAACGAUGAUGUAGCCUUCUACAAUCCGGUCUUUGACACAACCCGGCAAGUUAUCGCAGAUCGUCGUAUGGCCUUUCUUCUACGAUCAGGCCAAUACAUAUCUUCAUCUCGAGACCCGCAAGAUUUCUGGCAGCAGUUGAUGUUCUCUCUUCGUGCAGAUCACCCAGACUUGCCAUUUACAGUUCUCUACUCUGUAAACCCCGAUAUCAGUGAAUCUGCGUCCGAGGCAUCCGAUAGCAGCGCAAACCGAAAUUGGAUCCUCCAAGGAAAAAUUCGGAUCCCUGACACUUGUUCAAAUAUCCCUCCCGCUGCAACCGACCAAUCAAUGGAGCUGUUCCUUCCGACCUUCUUGGAGUUGGUCAGAUCAGACAAUCCAACGUUGCUUCGAGUUGAGGAUAACUCACUACCAGAAUUUAUUGCUCGAGAUAUGGAAGUUCCAGAUGGAGCGCCUGAAAAGGCUGCUGUGUUCCUACCUAUUCGCUCUACCGCAGACAAUCUUUUGGGGUUUCUCAUACUCGGUUUGAAUCCUCGAAGAAGAUUCGAUGCAGAUUAUAGAGUUUUUAUUGAGCUAUUGACUCGUCAACUUGCUACUUCUCUCGCUGUUAGUAUCUUAUCUCAAAGAUUAAGUUCAUUUGCUGAUCAACCACCAAAGUCUGCAGUGCUGUUUGAGGAGGAAAUUCGACGGGCGGCUCGAGAUCGGAAAUUGCUAACUAAAAGACUUGCCCUUCAAACACACGAAGCUUUAGAGACCGAGACUAGGUUCCGACGGAUGGCCGAUCUUGCUCCCGUUGGAAUCUAUCACAUUGAGCCUGAUGGACUGUUGGUGUACUGCAAUGAAAAUUACUAUGAGCUCACUGGGCAUCCUCGGGAUUCAUUUACACCAAUGAGCUGGUUAGACGUUCUAUUGGAAGAAGACCUUCCAUUGAUGAGCCAGGAAUGGGCUAAAUUGCUCCGAGGGGAAUCGGUUUCGUUUGAAAUAAGACUCAAAAGACCCUUCGUGCCCGAGGAUCUCGUUGAUGGUGAAAAGGUGGAGGGUUUUACUUGGAUUCUGGCUGCUGCAUAUCCGGAGCUUGCAACAGAUGGGACCGUUGUUGGAAUUCUUGGAUGUAUCACAGACAUCAGUCGACAGAAGUGGAUGGAAGGCUUUCAGAAGCGGAAAAUGCUCGAAGCUGUUGAACUCAAGAGGCAACAAGAGAAUUUCAUUGAUAUGACAUCGCACGAGAUGCGAAAUCCACUAUCAGCUAUUGUUCAGUGUGCUGAUUGGAUCGGCACCUCUCUUUCGCAGUUCGACUGCGAUAAGAACGAUGUCAUCAUUCCGAGAGAUGUCAUUGAAGGCUAUGCAGAUGCGACAGAGACGAUCGUUCUGUGUGCCCAGCAUCAGAAACGAAUCAUCGACGAUGUAUUGACACUCUCAAAACUUGACUCGGACCUCCUGAUCAUAACUCCCGUCGACGUCCAACCAGUUUCUACAAUACAGGCGUCCCUGAAAAUGUUCGACGUCGAGAUCCAGAACAGCGAUAUCGACCUUCGAUUCCAGGUUGACAAUUCCUAUGCGGAUCUAGCCGUCGAUUGGGUGAAGCUCGAUCCUAGUCGACUUUUACAAGUUCUCAUCAAUCUCGUCACAAAUGCGAUCAAAUUCACAAUGACUGAGUCAAGGAGGAAAAUUGUCAUUAUUCUUGGAGCGUCUCCUCAGCCUCCGACGAAUGGCAGCAUCGAAUACCUGCCUCGAACAGCCAACCGCCGAGACAUGACAAAAGGGAGUGCUUGGGGCACAGGGGAACCAGUCUAUCUUCACGUCGAAGUCCAAGAUAGUGGUCGAGGUCUAAAUGAAGUCGAGCGAACUCUGCUCUUCAAGCGAUUCUCGCAAACCUCACCACGUACCCACGUUCAAUAUGGCGGAUCUGGUCUCGGGCUGUUCAUCUGUCGGCAAUUGACAGAGCUACAAGGUGGUCAAAUAGGUGUGACGUCCUCAGUCGGUGUCGGAAGCACCUUUGCAUUCUACAUCCGCGCACGUCGCUGCAGACGACCGACCGCAUCCCUCUCUGCACUCUCCGCCGAUCGCAUUGACGUCCCACGAGUCGUCAGCCCCGAAGUUGUAGAGAAGCUCCGCACCAGUGUCCUCCAGCCGAGUCUACCAUCCGCACCAAAACACGUCCUAGUUGUAGAAGACAACAUCGUAAACCAAAAAGUCCUUUCUCGACAACUCCAAAGCGCAGGCUGUAUCGUCUCCGUUGCCAAUCAUGGCCGUGAGGCCCUCUCCUUCCUCGAGAAAUCCCGCUUCUGGAAAGGUCUCGAGGUCGACGGAAUCGAGCUCUCGGUCGUACUUAUGGAUCUCGAGAUGCCUAUCAUGGACGGAUUAACCUGUGUCAAGAUGAUCAGACAGUUGCAAAGAGAGGGUAGUAUUGUUGCUCACGUGCCUGUAAUAGCAGUCACAGCCAAUGCGAGGAGCGAGCAGAUCUCUACGGCCAAGGAGAGUGGUAUGGAUAGUGUUGUUACGAAACCGUUCAGGAUACCGGAUUUGUUGCCUGAAAUGGAUAGGCAGAUUAGGAGUGGGAGUGACAGAGGGUUGGAGAGGUCGGCUUCGGCGCCGGUUUAA